AUGAUAUCUGUAGCAUCCCUUGCCGUCUUUGUGUUCGCUGCUGUUGUCUCGUCCACUCCUUUCUCAAAUCCAGUUGAAACGUUUGAGCUCUUCAAGCGCGUUUCUAGCCAAUGCUCGGCAUCAGGGCAGACGUCAUGUCACAAUACGACUGCCCAGGAUACCUGUUGCUUCGAGUCUCCUGGAGGCCUUCUUCUUCAGACACAGGCAAGUUUCUGGGACACGGAUCCAUCUACCGGCCCAACUGAUUCAUGGACUAUACACGGUCUUUGGCCAGACAACUGUGAUCAGACGUUUGAAGAGAAUUGCGAUCCUUCUCGCGCGUAUAAAGACAUUGCUGGAUUACUCACGGAUGCAGGAGCGACGGACACACUUUCAUUUAUGCAGACGAAUUGGGUCGACAUUAAUGGCAACGAUGAAACUUUCUGGGAGCAUGAAUGGAGCACGCAUGGUACUUGUAUGAGCACGUUGGAGCCGGACUGCAUCGAGAACUACACUACCGGUGAAGAAGCUGUUGCGUUUUUUGAAACGGUAGUCAAGCUCUUCAAGACACUCCCAACAUUUACGUUCUUAUCCAAUCAAGGGAUUACUCCGACGACAAGCAAGAAAUUUACCUAUUCAGAUCUCACUAAUGCUCUCCAGGCAGAAGCGGGAGUAGUUCCAGCGUUGAACUGUGAUGGAAGCACACUGGAUGAGAUCUUUUGGUACUUCAAUCUUAAGGGCUCUGUUAUUGAUGGAUCAUUUGUUGCAAUCGAUGCACCAUCGAAAGGGUCGUGCCCUAGUAGCGGCAUAUCCUACCCACCGAAAUCUGGGUCAGGAUCUCCCACAAGUGUAAGUGGAGCAAACCCAGGAGGUCUUCCUGCAAAGGCAACCAUAACGGCACAACAAUCGACUGGCGGCUCUCUCGGAGGUUUAUUGUCUGCUGGAACGUGGUCGACGCAAACGCUCGCGACAUACACCCUCUCAGGAAGCUCGAGUAGUUUUACGAUGAAGUCUUCAAAGGGCAACUGUGGCGUAUCUAGCGGAACUCUCACUUGUGGUAGUGGCGUAUCUGCUUCAUCUUUCUCUGCAGUUACCUCGGGUAGCAGUCUGCUCCUUGCGUUUAGUGGGUCGACGGAAUUCUCGAGUAACACUGCUCCCAGUGGCGAGACUCAGGAAACUGUAUUCCCUGGAAGCAGUCACACACAGAAGUUUACUCUCGUCAUCAAUGCGUCGUAG